AGUCAUUUCACAGACUCGACGUAUUCCUUUUCCAUUUCCACUCUCAUUCCUUUUCUUCUUUUGUUCCAGAACGAUACUCCUCCCCAAAAAAAAAAAAAAAAAAAAAAAUCCAAAUCCACACUCUCACACCAAAAACUCAAAUCCACCGAAUUUCAUUUCAUUUCAUUUCUAGAGCGAGAAAAUCAUAAAUUUUUUUUAGAGAGAGAGAGGAAAAAAAAUGGAAGAGACUUCAACUUCAAUGGGCGCACUUGUCCCCUCAGUGAAAGCCGAGACUUCACUGGAUCCCACCGCCGAACCGCCGCCACCACCACCGGAACAGCAACAAGCUCAACCGCCACCGGAUCCUCCGCCGGAACCGUCGGCGGAAGUAGCGGCGGAGAUAGUUGUAGGUGGUGGUGGUGGUGAUGAGGUGGACAAGGAGAUGUUGUGUCCGAUAUGCAUGCAAAUCAUAAGGGACGCGUUUCUCACAGCGUGUGGACACAGCUUCUGCUACAUGUGCAUUGUGACGCACCUCACCAACAAGUCCGAUUGUCCUUGUUGCUCUCAUUUCCUCACCUCCAAUCACAUCUUCCCUAAUUUCCUGCUCGAUAAGUUAUUGAAGAAAAAUUCUUCUCGUCAGAAAGCAAAAUCUGCAUCCCCAUUUGAACAUCUUCGUCAGGGAUUACAACAGGGCUGCAAGGUGUCAAUUAAGGAGCUAGAUGGCCUGCUGUCUCUCCUCGCAGAAAAGAAGAGAAAAAUGGAGCAAGAAGAAGCUGAGACAAACAUGCAGAUCUUGCUUGACUUCUUACAUUCCCUGCGGAAACAGAAGCUUGAAGAGCUUAAUGAGAUACAAGCCGAUCUCCAAUUUAUAAAGGAGGAUGUAAAUGCUGUAGAGAGAUUUAGAACAGAACUUUACAGGGCAAAAGAGAGAUUCUCAGUAAAACUGUGGAUGCUUAAUGAGGAAACUAUAGCAGAAAGAGCGCAGGGUUUGUUUACUGAGAAACAAGGAAGUGGCAGUAACUGCAGUGCUUACUCUUUACAAGGGCAGAUGGGAUCACAGGACAAGAUAGCUGAUGCAAAGGUUCAACUGAGCUCCCAAUCACUCCAAAGAAAGGAUGUUUACAGUGGUUUAGAUUUGCAAUCUGUUUCUCCAUCAGCACCAGCUGUAGCAAGAAAAAGGCGGGUCCAUUUACAGUUCAAUGAGCUACAAGAGUGUUAUUUGCAAAAGCGGCGAAUUUGGAACGGACAAUCAGACAAGCAGGAAGAAAGGGACCCAAAUACCUUAAGUAGAGAAGGUUAUAAUCCUUCUCUUGAUGAUUUUCAGUCUGUGCUGUCCACCUUUACACGAUACAGUCGAUUAAGGGUCAUUGCUGAACUUAGGCAUGGUGACCUUUUUCAUGCUGCCAAUAUUGUGUCAAGUAUAGAAUUUGAUCGUGAUGAUGAGUUGUUUGCUACUGCUGGUGUUUCAAGGCGCAUCAAGGUUUUUGAGUUUUCCUCAGUGGUGAAUGAACCAGCAGAUGUCCACUGCCCUAUUGUAGAGAUGCCCACGCGAUCCAAGCUGAGUUGCCUGAGCUGGAAUAAGUACACUAAAAACCAUAUUGCUAGUAGUGAUUAUGAUGGGAUAGUGACUGUUUGGGACGUAACCACUCGACAGAGUGUGAUGGAGUAUGAGGAGCAUGAAAAACGAGCUUGGAGUGUUGAUUUUUCACGCACUGAUCCCUCAAUGCUUGUCUCAGGCAGUGAUGACUGCAAGGUCAAAAUUUGGUGCACACAGCAAGAAGCAAGUGUUCUUAACAUCGACACGAAAGCGAAUAUUUGUUCUGUUAAGUAUAAUCCUGGGUCAAGCAUUUAUGUGGCAGUGGGUUCUGCAGAUCAUCACAUUCACUAUUAUGACUUGAGAAAUAUCAGCCAGCCACUGCACGUGUUUAGUGGGCAUAAAAAAGCUGUUUCAUAUGUAAAAUUCCUGUCUAGCAAUGAGCUUGCUUCUGCAUCUACUGAUAGCACAUUGCGCGUGUGGGAUGUACAGGAAAAUUUGCCACCGCGCACAUAUAGAGGCCACAUGAAUGAGAAGAAUUUUGUGGGUCUCACAGUUAAUAGCGAAUUCAUAGCUUGUGGCAGUGAGACAAAUGACGUGUUUGUUUAUCACAAGGCUAUCUCCAAACCUAUGGCGUGGCAUAGAUUUGGUUCUUCAGAAAUAGAUGAUAAUGAUGAUGAUAUGGGAUCAUACUUCAUUAGUGCUGUUUGUUGGAAGAGUGAUAGCCCAACAAUGUUGACUGCAAAUAGCCAAGGAACAAUUAAAGUCCUUGUUCUUGCAGCAUGAGGAAUAAAAAACACCUUUAUCUUUUUUGAAAUCUUCAUUGUAUAGAAUUCAAUCUAUCCUCUAGGUAUUAAUCUUGUAUAUAGUAUUGAUUGUGCAGUGGGCAGGUUAGAUUGACGGCCCCAUUCUUGAAGUUUAAAACCCAUUUAUUGUGCCGAAAAGUCAAAGAAAAACUUGUAUGUCA